GGACUCCUAAAAUGCCUACUUUGUGAUGCAAACAAUCCUUCCAGAUACGAUCUGAUUCAACACAUUUACCAACACAUAUCAUAUCGGAAAUUCCAAUGCGCAUCCUGUACGGAGUGCUUUUACAACGAAGAAGAAAGGGAUCAUCACUGUAUACAAAAAGGACACAUCCAUACCCAUGGGAUAAAACUGUCACCGUAUUGUGAGUUUUUCGUCAGUCUGCUCAUGAAGGAUGCAGAAUAUGCGGCUCGGUGUGGCAUUGAAACUGUAAUUAUGGAGCGAAUAAAAGCAAACCUGGCUUGGUGA